AUGGAGGGUGGAAGAAUUCCAUUUUUCAACCUCAACGACGAUCCAACCAACGCUGGCGAUCGCUGGAAGAAAUGGAUUGCUCGUUUUGAAAAUUUCCUAAUAGCGAGCGAUAUUAACAAUGUUGAAAGACAAAAGGCAUUAUUGUUGCAUUAUGCGGGUGAAGAUGUUUUCGAGAUCUUCCAUAAUUUGCCAGAGCCGACUACAACAACAAAGGAAACCUUCGAUAAAAAUGGCGUGAGGAAAACAGUCGAGAUGGACUGUUUCGAGAUAGCGAAACAAAAGCUAUCGAAUUAUUUCUCGCCCAAAACAAACAUUGAAUUCGAAGUAUUUUCUUUUCGGCAGGCAAAACAGAUUCCCAACGAAACAGUUGGACAGUUCUAUGCACGUCUUUUGAAAUUGAGUUCCAAUUGCGAAUUCUCAGACAGAGACAAAGAAAUCAAGUCUCAAAUCAUAUGCACAACAACUUCGCAUAGAUUGCGAGAUUUUGCCUUCCAAACAAAGCCAACACUUCAAAAGUUGUUAGAAGAGGCAAAAACGAUUGAAAUGUCUGAGGAACACUCAAUUAAAAUAGAAGCGCAACAGCAACAUAUAACAGAACAAUGCAAUCAUGUUGCAAGAGCGAGACAACGUCAUAACACAAAGCACACCAACUCAAACAACAAAGGCGCGCAAACACAAAAAUAUUCCAACAAGAAUCCUAACUGUAAGAACUGUGGAAACAACUGGCAUUCUGGUGGACUUCAACAAUGUCCAGCAAGAAAUAUUUUCUGCAAUUUUUGCAAGAAGAAGGGACAUUUUGCUAAAGUCUGCAUGAAAUCGAAUUCUUCAAACUCUUUGAAAAUAAACAACUUGAAACAAACAGAAAAUGAUGAAACACAAGAUUCUAUAUUCAACAUAAAUGACGCUACUAAUAACAAUUUGCCAACCAUAACAGUUUCCAUCAACAAAACACCAACGAACUUCACAAUUGAUACAGGGUCAACAGCAACAAUAAUAAGCAACAACAUAUUCAACAAACUAAUACACAGACCAACAUUAACAAAACAUACAGGACAAAUAAUUCCUUAUAACUCCACCACUUCACUGCCGAUAAUAGGAAAAUUCACUGUUAGUCUUUCUUUUAAACAACAUUCCAUAGCCGAGACAGUUUACGUAAUAGACAGCCAAGCAAUAUCCAUACUUAGUUACAAUGUGUCAAAACAACUCAACAUAAUCCACAUAGUUCAACAGUUAUCAAACAAUAUCAAUCUCAACAUCAAACACAAAUACCCUGAAGUUUUCAGAGGAAUCGGGAAACACAACAAACAUAAAGUAUACAUCUUUUCAUCGACAAAGAAACCAUCAGUUGAAGACGAAAUUAACCGCCUACUCAAUGCAGACAUCAUUGAAAAAGCAACGGGUCGAACACCUUGGGUAUCACCAGUGGUAAUUGUACCAAAACCGCACAACCCAUCAGCUAUUCGGAUGUGCAUUGACAUGCGAGCAGCUAACAAAACCAUUCAACGUGUCAGAAAAAUAACACCAACUCUGCAAGACAUAAUAACAUCUCUUAAUGGCACAACAGUCUACAGCAAAAUAGAUCUGAACGAAGGAUACCAUCAAAUCGAGUUGGAUGAAAAAUCUCGUUUCAUCACGACUUUCAGCACACACUGUGGAGUCUACAGAUACAAAAGACUCAACUUCGGUGUCAACACAGCAGCAGAAGAAUUCCAAGAUAUUAUCCGACAGACGCUCAACAACAUCGAAAACGUCCUAAAAGUGAGUGAUGAUAUUUUCAUCUAUGGGAAAACGCAAGCCGAACAUGAUAAAGCACUUGAAGAGGUAUUCCAACGACUUAGUGCAAACAACCUUACAGUCAACGAAAAAAAAUGUGUGUUCAGCCAACCGCAGCUGAAGUUUUUCGGUUUCGUUUUCUCAAAGGACGGCAUCCAACCUGACCCCGAGAAAGUAGCAGUUUUUGAACAACUCGAAACACCCAACAACGUUUCAGAAGUACGCAGCAUCCUUGGUAUGUUGAAUUUUGCUUUGCCUUUUCUUCCAGAACUAGCAACACACACCCAACCAUUACGGGAACUCAUUAAAAAAAACACAGAGUUCGUUUGGAAGAAGAAGCACGAAGAAGCAUUAAUUUUCCUGAAGAAGCUCAUGGGAGAUGCAUCAAAACUUGCCUACUACGACAUGAACAAGCCAACACAUCUACAUGUCGAUGCUGGUCCUGAAGGUCUUUCCGGUAUUUUGUCGCAAUACCACAACAAGAGAUAUGAGAUCGUGGCUUAUGCAAGCCAUGCACUUACUGCGGUCGAGAAAAGAUACAGUCAAAUAGAGAAGGAAAUUCUCGACAAAAAAGUAGAAGAAACCGUAGCACAGUGUCACAUUUGCCAAGUAGUUAAUAAUCAAAACCAUCGUGAACCACUUGCAAUUGUCGAACUAGCAUCAACACCAUUUGAAAAAGUGUCGAUGGAUUUCGCUGGACCGCUUCCGAAUGGGAAGUACUUACUCAUUUUGGUCGAUGAGUAUUCGAAGUAUCCAUUCAUCGAACAAAUACAAUCAACAAAAUUUUCGGACGUGAAGAAAGUUUUAACAAAAAUAUUUUCUGCAUUCGGUACUCCAUUAAAUUUGAAAUCCGACAAUGGACCACCAUUCAGCAGUCACGAGUUUAAGGAUUUCAUGGAUAUCCAGAACAUUAACCACCACAAAACAACUCCGUAUUGGCCAGAGGCAAAUGGAGCAGCGGAACGCAUGGUAAAAACAAUCAAAAAGUCACUCAUAUCAUCCGAGCUAGAACACCAUAAUUAUAAACGAAGACACACCAAACCAGCAGCAUUCAAAGUCGGCGAUCAGGUACUCUGCAAGCAGAGAAAAGUAAAUAAACUUACUCCUCCGUAUGAUCCUGAGCCAAUGAAUAUCAUCAAAAUCAUCGGUUCGCAAGUUUGGGCCAGAAGAGAAGGAGAGACCAAAAUAUUGCACCAAAAACAAAUUGAAACGAAUCCUGAAUAUUCUGAAAAUCAUCAACAAUUUCCAAUAUCAACACCAGCUGAUUUUAACAUUGCCACAGAUACAAACAACAGAGAUGAAGCUGAGGAAGUUGAAGUUUUUACCACACCACCAAUUUCACCACAGCAGUUAAGCUAUGAACACAAGCGCAGUACUAGAUCGAAGAAACCGAUGCGUUUUAAUGAUUACAUAUUAGAAUAA